AUGUGGAGCAAAUUCUUGAACGCCCACCACGUCACCGUUUCUUCCUCUUCUAGCAAGACAAAGUCGCUCUCCUCAUACUCCUCCUCCUCCUCCUCCUCCUCCCCCUCCUCCUUCUCCUUUGGCACCGCGUCCUCGCCCUACCCCUCCGUGUCCUCGUCCUCCUCCAACAUGUUCAGAAAGAAAGCAGUGACGCAUACCGCAUUCUUACUACCUUUGCUGCUUCUUGCGGCCACCGCUGAGAGCCUGACUCUGAAGCCAGUCUGCCAGCCGAGCUGUGGCACCGUCGACAUCCCCUACCCGUUCGGCAUCGGCCAAGGCUGCUUCCGUGCUGGCUUCGAGAUCCAGUGCAAUAACGGCAAGCCGACUCUAGGCAACACCAGUGAUAAUACACAGGUAACGAGUUUGUCGGUGACGCCGCGGCCGGAGGCCCGGGUAAUGCUGCGGGUAGCGUACCAGUGCCACAACUCCACGGGCGCAGCUAUCGAUAAUUACAACGGCUCGGUGGACCUUAACCCAACUGGCGUGUACCGCAUCUCCGACACUGCGAACGAGCUCUUCGUCCUCGGCUGCAACACCAUGAUCAUCACAAACAGCAUUGGGUGCGUCGCCUAUGCCGACAACGCCAAGAGCGCGCAGGACGGAGCCUGUGCCGGAAUUGGUUGCUGCCACGUCGACAUCCCACCGGGCCUCACGGACAACCUGAUGCGGUUCAUGCCGCACGCCAAGCAGGAGUUCUGCCCCUGCGACUACGGCUUCAUCGUGGAGAAGGGCAACUACACAUUCCGGGCACAGGACCUCCAUAUGGACGGCAGCAUUACCAGUAUGCCGUUGAGGCUAGACUGGGCAAUCCGCGAUAACUCCCUGUCCUGCGCCAAGGUGCUCAUCAUGCAGGGGUACACCUGCGUCAGCGCCAACAGCGAGUGCAUCGACUCCACCAAUGGCCCCGGAUACUUCUGCAAUUGCACCAAAGGCUACGAGGGCAACCCGUAUCUCGACAAGGGAUGCACAAAUAUCAAUGAAUGUGCUCGUACUCGACAAGAAUUUCCUUGCUACGGCAAAUGCCGUGACACAGAUGGGUCCUAUGAGUGCAAAUGCCGUGUAGGCUACGAGGCUAAUGGUGAUCCAAAAGAAAAUAUUUGCCAUCCAAAAUUCCCAUUUGCAGCAAGGCUUGCCCUAGGCAUCGGUUUAGGUGUGUUUCUCUUAGUUGGUGCUGUGCAACUAGCUAUAGCACGCAUAGAGCACGACAAGAGAAAACUGGCUGUACAGUUUGAAAAGAAUGGGGGUAACAUACUUAAAGAAAUCACAGAAGUGACCAUUUUCACAGAGAAGGAAUUAACCAAAAUCACAAAGAAUAAUUCCGAACCUCUGGGUAAAGGCAACUUUGGUAAUGUCUACAAAGGAACUCUUACCGACAAAACAGUGGUAGCAGUUAAGUCCUAUAUCAAGGUAGAUGACGCUAGAAGGAAGGAAUUUGCCGAGGAAAUGAAGGUGCAAUUGAAAAUGACCCAUGACAACGUUCUCAAGCUCAGAGGUUGCUGCCUCCAGUUGGAUGUUCCAAUGUUGGUGUACGAGUUUGCUGGCAAAGGGAGUCUCAGAGAGAUCCUACAUGUCAAAGACCAAAGUCUCCCAGUAGACCUGCGGUUAGACAUUGCAAUAGGGUCGGCCAAAGGAUUAAGCUACAUGCACUCGAAACACAUACGGCAUGGUGAUGUCAAACCAGACAACAUACUUUUGGCUGACAACUUUGUACCAAAAAUAUCAGAUUUUGGGUUAUCAAAGGUGCUUAUAGUGACGGAAUAUUUUACACAGAACAUUAUUGGGGCCAUAAGUUACAUCGACCCGGUGUUCAGGAACACUGGUUUAUUAACACCAAAGAGUGAUGUAUAUAGCUUUGGUGCUGUUCUCCUGGAACUUAUAUCAAGAAAGCCAAUCAUAUACGGAAAAACUGGUAGCCUCAUUAUCGAGUUCCGCCAUAUCUACGAGACAGAAAAGAGUGGGAAGUCGAUGUUUGACUUGGGAAUUGUAGCUGAAAAGGAUAUCUUGAUUUUAGAAGCAAUUGGCAAGCUUGCAAUUCGGUGCUUGAAAGAACAUCAAGACGACCGGCCUGAUAUGACAGAAGUGGCUGAUCAGCUUGUCAAUCUUAAAGUGAAAUUCGGCAGAUAUUUAACUGGGGAAUAUGCUUGCUACAGUUCUGGGGUGAGCGGAACUAGUGAUGCCACAUUGUCUAUGCAAUCCAGUACAUUAGAAGUUUCGGGGCUGCUUUGUAGUCAACCAAUGAACCAGGCUGGCUCAUGAAAGUUAGUUUUAUUAGAUUUAACUCAUUCUACGCCGUCGGCAUUAUUGUAGUUUGUGGUUUUUUACUUGGUGGUAAGUUUCCAAUCUGUAUUAUGACAUUCUAUGUAUCACAAUAACAAAAAAGCCUUUGGCCAUUGCAAGAAUAUUUAGAGUGUUUGGUUGG